AUGUCAAAGCUGGCCGGCACGCUGGCGCGCGUCCUGGCGGAGGCCGUCCUGGGGUGGGGGCGGCCCGCGGCUGGCGAGCGCUUCCCGGAGGGGUGCGACGAGACGACGUGCUUCAUGCGGCUGAACCGGUACCCGCCGUGCCCCAUCUCCGCCGACGCCUUCGGCCUGGUCCCGCACACGGACAGCGACUUCCUCACCGUGCUCUGCCAGGACCAGCAGGUCGGCGGCCUGCAGCUCAUGAAGGGGGACAGGUGGGUGGCCGUCAAGCCAAUCCCCGGUGCCCUCAUCGUCAACAUCGGGGACCUCUUCCAGGCGUGGAGCAACAACAGAUACAAGAGCGUGGAGCACAAAGUGAUGACGAACGCCAAGACGGAGCGCUACUCCGUUGCCUACUUUCUCUGCCCGUCCUACGACUCGCCGAUCGGCACGUGCGAAGAGCCUUCUCUUUACAGGUCAUUCACCUUCGGAGAGUACAGGCGAAAGGUGCAAGAAGAUGUCAAGAGAACCGGGAAGAAGGUCGGCCUCCCUAAUUUUCUCGUGUAA